GCAGACGGCAGCGGGAACGCGGCGGCGGGAGCGCGGCCGGGGAGGAGCGGAGCGGAGCGAGCCCAGCGGCAGCCCCAGGCCCGGUGCGGCGGAGCGGUGGCAUGCGGCGGAGCGCGGCGGCGUGCUGGGCCCUGAUGCUGUUGGCCGCCGCUCUCUGCGACCCCGUGGCCGGUAAGGGCGGGCGCGGUGGAGCCCGCGGAGCCGCCCGCGGCCGGGGCCGGGCGACCGCCCGCGGCCGCAUGAAGGCGGCCGUGCCCCGGUACGGCUCGUCCGGGGCCGCCCUGCGAGUGGCCGGCGCGGCGGCGGCGGGAGCGGCGGCCGGUGUGGCGGCGGGGGCUGCCCUGCGCCGGGCCCGGCUCGCCGGCGAACUGGAAGCAAGCGACGGUGCCGAGUACCGAGAUGGCAACUGGACGGCCACCGCCCCCGCCAGCCGAGACCCGCCGGGAUGGGCCGUGGCCUGGCUCUGCCCCCUCGCCGCCGUCCUCCUCCGCCGCUGACGGUUUCGGGGGACCCGACCGUGCCUGGAGCAGCCACCGAUGCCGUGAGGACCGGCUGCCCCCGCUGCGGGGCUGAGCACACACCCCUGGGAUAGCAGCGGCUCCCGAGGCAGCAACCCCUCCCGCACCAGCCCUCUCCCGGUUACCGGCCGCCAGCGGGGCAGGACCCCCUGGGAAGCCCCUCCCCCACUUUCCCCCCUCCCCGGUUCAGGCACCCGGGUUGUUCCACUCCUCUGUACGCGAGUCUGGCCCCGUGUGGAAGACGAGGAGGCAGCAAUAAAGCAGGGUGGAAAGCAGGUGUGACUGCGUGCGGGCAGGGUGCUGGGGAUGAAGGCCCCGGGCUGGCACCGCACCCCCCACACCCUGCCCACCAAGCCUUUAUUUCAGGAUGGAGAUCCCAACAGUGCAGCAAGGGACCGGUUCCCUAGGGGGUGGAUCGUGGCUGGUUGCAGCAGCUGUGCUCCAGGCCCUCCUGCUGGAGAGCAUCGUCCUGCACGGUGAUGCCACAGGACAGCCACCACGGCACAGCCUCACCCUUCAUCCUCCGGGCAUCCUCUGCCGGGGACCAGAACUGGGAGCUGGCCCUGCCAAGCCAACCUAACUGCGUGCCACAGCUCCCUGCUGAGGUGGCCCCAGCCCCA